UGGAGGGACGUGCCUUGGCCGCCCUCCCUCCCUCCCAGGCGCAUCGUCGGUGGCUUCUCGCGGGAUCCGGAGUCUGUAGCCCAGUUGGAGGUAUCCUUGGAACAGAAAGAAGGAUGGAAAGCCAAGACUCAGCUGGCCUGGAUGGGAAGAAGACCCUCAGCUCUGAUGUGCGGCGCCAGCAAUUCAGAAAGUUCUGCUACCAUGAGGCCAAGGGACCCCGAGAGGUUUGCAGCCAACUCCACCACCUUUGUCGUGAGUGGCUGAAGCCAGAGCGAUGCACAAAGACUCAGAUCCUGGACCUGGUGAUCCUGGAGCAGUUCCUGGCUGUCCUCUCCCUGGAGAUGGAGAGCUGGGUGAGGGAAUGUGGAGCGGAGACCAGUUCCCAGGCGGUGGCCCUGGCUGAAGGUUUCCUCCUGAGUUGGGCAGAGAACAAGAAGCAGGCAGAACAGCGGGUGAGAGUAAAGGGUCUCUUUGCAGAGGUGGCAACCAAAUUCCCCGAGAGAGAGAGUUCUUCACUGGAUGGGAAAGAGUGCUUCUUGCUAAGCAGAAAUGUUCUGGAGAGCAAUGGACGGAUUGUGUUACUCAGUGAAGAAAGAGUGGUGGCAAGACCUGCUCAGCCAUCUCCUGUUCGCAACAGACAGGAAGCCGUUGCUGUGGCACCAGAUCAGGGUCCCGUGUUGUUUGAAGAGGUUGCUGUGGAUUUCACAGAGGAGGAGUGGGCUCUGCUGGAUGCUGACCAAAGGGCACUGCAUAAAAUAGUCAUGGAGGAGAAUUGUAGGAAUGCUUUCUCUCUUGGAUGUGAAUGGAAAACAAAAAAUGAGGGAGAACCACAUGGGGCGUUUGCAGAAUGGGACACAUGUAUACAGAGAGAAGCUCAGAGAAGGAAAUCUGAAGGGGAAAACAAGGGGAGGGAUAAGUCCCCUUCUUCUCAUGGCAGCGUGAGCCAUCAAAUCCCGGUCCAAGAAAAUACGCAAAAGAGAAAAGAAGCAAGUACGUGCUUUGCAUAUUGGAGAAGUUUCCCUUCUAAACCAAAACUGAAAACUCAUUACAAAAUCCACACAGAUGAAAAGCAAUUUAAAUGCCUGGAAUGUGGAAAGAGAUUUUCACGAAAGACACAUCUCACGAUUCACCAAAGAGUUCACACAGGGGAGAAACUGUUCAAAUGCUUUCAGUUUGGAAAGAGAUUCCGUCAGAAGACUGCUCAUCAAAGUACUCACACAGGGGAGAAAGCAUAUAAAUGCUUAGAGUGCGGAAAGAGCUUUCACCAAAAUUAUGUCCUUUUUACUCAUCAGAGGAUCCAUACAGGGGAGAAACCUUUUAAAUGCUUAGCAUGUGGAAAGAGCUUCUCACAGAAGACACACCUCACUACACAUCAAAGAACCCACACUGGAGAGAAACUGUAUAACUGCUUGGAAUGUGGAAAUAGCUUCACUCGGAAGAGGAAUCUCAUGUCACAUCAAAGAAUUCACACAGGGGAGAAGCCAUAUAAAUGCCUGGAGUGUGGAACAAGCUUUCGUAACACUUCUACCCUUGUUAAUCAUCAGAGGGUCCAUACAGGGGGUGAAGCGUUUAAAUGCUUGGAGUGUGGGAAGAGCUUCCGUCGGAAGAAAAAUCUUUCUGCUCAUCAAAGACUUUACACCGGGCAGAAAGCAUAUAAAUGCUUAGAGUGUGGAAAGAGCUUUCAUCGAAAUUCUGUCCUUGUUACCCAUCAGAGGAUCCAUGUAGUGGAGAAAUUGUUCAAAUGCUUGGAGUGUGGAAGGAGCUUCUUGCAGAAGGCACAUCUCACUAAGCAUCAGAGAAUUCACACUGGGGUGAAACCGCAUACAUGCUUGGAGUGUGGAAAGAGCUUUUCACAGAAGAUUCAUCUCACCACUCACCAAGUAAUUCACACUGGGGAGAAACCGUAUAAAUGCUUGCAGUGUGGGAAGAGCUUCACUCGCAAGUCAAGUCUCACUUCCCAUCAAAUAAUUCACACACGAGAGAAGACAUAUAAAUGCUUGGAGUGUGGAACAAGCUUUCGUAACACUUCUACCCUUGUUAAUCAUCAGAGGAUCCAUACAGGGGAUAACGCGUUUAAAUGCUUGGAGUGUGGGAAGAGCUUCCGUCUGAAGAAGAAUCUUUCUGCUCAUCAAAGACUUUACACCGGGCAGAAAGCAUAUAAAUGCUUAGAGUGUGGAAAGAGCUUUCAUCGAAAUUCUGUCCUUGUUACCCAUCAGAGGAUCCAUGUAGGGGAGAAAUUGUUCAAAUGCUUGGAGUGUGGAAGGAGCUUCUUACGGAAGGCACAUCUCACUAAGCAUCAGAGAAUUCACACUGGGGUGAAACCGCAUACAUGCUUGGAGUGUGGAAAGAGCUUUUCACAGAAGAUUCAUCUCACCACUCACCAAGUAAUUCACACUGGGGAGAAACCGUAUAAAUGCUUGCAGUGUGGGAGGAGCUUCACUCGCAAGUCAAAUCUCACUUCCCACCAAAUAAUUCACACACGAGAGAAGCCUUUUAAAUGAUUGGAGUUUGGAAAGUGUAUAAGCGGUCUGAAUAUGGAAUGCGAGUCUGAGACAGUUGAAGUCCACUUUCAGAUUGGAGCUAAGCUGGCAAGGGAUGGAGGAUGGGGCAUGGCUUGGGUAGAGUCCUGAGGGCAGA